UAGUUAUUGAAAAGAAUCUAAUUAUGUUGUCAUAGUUGUCGGAAUAAUAGUUCAAUGUGGUUCAUCAUAAUGCAUUUCAUAUCGAUGGAGAAAAAAUACUUUGUGUUCAGGUGAAGUGUUGCAUAAUGGUGUAAUAACAUGAAUGUUUUAAAGAACCAUUGUGAAUUUCUACCCAUGGAUACAUUGCUAGAUAAAUCUGUGCAAACUAUUACGAACUAUACUUGCAAAAAUAAUGAAGAAAUGAAUUCUUGGCAAAAUGGCGAUAGAUCAGAAAAAACAGCUAAACAAUGAAACCGCAAAUAUUGGACCUAAAAUAUAUAUUAGCGAGUUACAGCGUUACAGAUCUCUAGACUUCGCCUCGAAAAUGACUUGUCUGGAAAAUGACCAAAACCCACUUUGCCAUAGAAAUUUGCCAAAACACUACCACAGUCAGGUUGAAGAGGAAAUUCAUACUACAUUAAUCUACGUCAAUCUCAAAAUCCGCUAAAGGACACGAUGUCCAGCACGAAGUACGAAGGUGAAGCUGAGCCCGGCGAACAGCAGCCGCUCCGCGAACCAGAUGCCCCCGAGGAACCGGACGGCGCUUUGCCGGCGAAAGCUAAGACUCCGACGGGAUACGAGGAUAUUCCGGGAAACACGGCGCUCACUAAGCCGGAUGUAACACAGCGCGUACUGACCGUAUCGUUGACACCGGAACGAAGGCGCGAGACCUGGGGAAAAAAGGUCGAGUUUCUGUUGGCUGUUAUUGGGUUUGCUGUGGAUCUGGGAAAUGUUUGGAGAUUUCCUUAUAUAUGCUAUCAGAAUGGAGGAGGUGCUUUCUUGAUUCCUUAUUGCAUUAUGCUGAUAUUUGGCGGUCUUCCCUUAUUUUAUAUGGAACUGGCUCUUGGACAAUUUCAUCGUUGCGGUUGCCUUACCAUUUGGAAACGAAUCUGUCCGGCACUAAAAGGUGUGGGCUACGCGAUCUGUCUGAUUGACAUAUACAUGGGAAUGUACUACAACACGAUCAUAGGAUGGGCAGUUUACUAUCUGUUUGCAUCCUUCAACUCGGAAUUGCCUUGGACGAAAUGCGGGAACAGCUGGAACACGCCGUUCUGCACCCCGGUCACUAAUCCGCAGUUGGAAAACUCCACCAGUCCGGCCGCCGAGUUCUUUGAGCGCAACGUACUAGAAAAAUAUCGUUCAGAUGGGCUUGAUAUGAUGGGACCUAUCAAACCAUCCCUCGCCCUUUGUGUUUUUGGAGUGUUCGUCUUAGUUUAUUUUUCGCUCUGGAAAGGUGUGAAAAGUGCUGGAAAGGUGGUUUGGGUAACAGCUCUAGCACCGUAUAUAGUUCUUCUAAUCCUUCUCGUCCGUGGUGUAUCUCUACCAGGAGCCGCUGAAGGCAUCCGUUACUAUUUGACUCCGGAGUGGCACAAACUUCAAAACUCAAAGGUCUGGAUAGACGCCGCCUCACAAAUCUUCUUUUCACUGGGACCAGGAUUCGGCACCCUGCUGGCAUUGUCUUCGUAUAAUAAAUUCAACAACAACUGCUAUCGUGAUGCUAUUUUAACGAGCAGUAUCAAUUGUCUUACGAGCUUUUUGGCUGGAUUUGUUAUCUUUUCAGUACUUGGGUACAUGGCCCAUGUUCAAAACAAAUCGAUCGAACAAGUUGGCUUGGAAGGCCCUGGUUUAGUUUUCAUAGUGUACCCCGAAGCUAUAGCAACCAUGUCAGGCAGUGUCUUUUGGUCCAUUCUCUUCUUUUUGAUGCUGAUUACCUUGGGCUUGGACAGCACUUUUGGAGGAUUAGAAGCAAUGAUCACAGCUCUCUGUGAUGAGUACCCACGCGCCUUGGGCAGAAGACGAGAAUGGUUCGUCAUGGUCCUCCUGGUGCUGAUCUAUAUUUGCGCGCUGCCAACAUGCACUUACGGAGGAGUGUAUCUUGUUGAUCUGCUCAACGUAUAUGGACCAGGUUUGGCAAUCUUAUUCGUGGUAUUCGUAGAAGCAGCAGGAGUGUGCUGGAUAUAUGGAGUGGACAACUUUUCGUCUGAUAUUGAAAAAAUGACUGGACACAGGCCUGGACUAUUUUGGAGAGUCUGCUGGAAUUACAUCAGUCCAAUCUUCCUUUUGGUAAUUUUCAUAUUCUCCUUGCUCAGCUACGAGGAAAUGCUGGCUUCCACUGGAUACGUUUACCCUCCAUGGUCUAUUCACGUAGGUUGGGCCCUGACAUUGUCAUCCAUACUUUGCAUUCCAGGUUAUAUUGCCUAUAAAUUAGCAAUAUCUAAAGGAAAUUGUAAACAGAGGGCAAACCAAGCUCUAAGAGCCGAACGAGCACCGAUCAAUCUCUCUACCUUAUGCGGAGGUACGCAGGUGUGACGUGAAAUUUCGAAAUCAAAAGGAGGCAAAAUUAACCUUCUGGUCACUGUUGGCACUCAAACUAUCAUAGAGACCCCUAAAACUCUAUCUUUAUCUAAAACAUCAGCUGAAUGGUUGGUUUGAAACCCAAAUGCCAACGUUUCAAAGGAACUUCUAACAGAGAGCAGAAGGUUUUCAAGCUAAAAUUAUUUUUACUCUUCGACUAGUAAAAUUGAAUGUGAGUAGAUAAUAAGAUUUAUUUUUAAACUGUGUAAGUAAGCAGCUUUAACAAUGUAUUGCAAUUGGCAGGUAUUAUUAAGGUA